ACACGCGGAGAUAGGGGACGACAUGGGCCUGCCGGCCGCCGAUCGUUGACUCGUUGACAAGACACUAAUUUCCAUUCUGACAGCAGGGGAGGAUAGUUUGGGUCUGUAUUCGGCCUGAAAUUGAUUGCUUACAGCUGUGUGACCCGGCCGGCGGGUGCAGUUCUCGGGGCGGACCAUGGACGGCGUGUCGGCUCGAAACUCUGUGGUGCCCACCCGCACGGCGCGCAUCAUGAUGGAGGGCGUGGGCGCGCGCGUGAUGCGCGGCCCCGACUGGAAAUGGUGCAAACAGGACGGCGGCGAGGGCCACGUGGGCACCGUGCGUAACUUUGAGUCCUCUGAGGAGGUGGUAGUCGUCUGGGACAACGGCACGGCGGCCAACUACCGCUGCGCCGGCGCCUACGACCUGCGUGUCAUCGACAGCGCGCCCACCGGCACCAAGCACGAGGGUACUAUCUGUGAUACCUGCCGGCAGCAGCCCAUUUUCGGGAUCCGCUGGAAGUGCGCCGACUGCUCGAAUUACGACCUGUGCUCGGUGUGUUACCAUGCCGACAAGCACCAACUGCGUCAUCGCUUCUACCGGAUCGCAGCGCCCGGCUCAGAGAGAGUGCUGGUCGAGCCGCGUCGGAAGAGCAAGAAGACGUCCGUGCGGGGGAUCUUUCCGGGCGCUCGGGUGGUGCGCGGCGUCGACUGGCAGUGGGAGGACCAGGACGGCGGUAACGGGCGGCGGGGCAAGGUGACCGAGAUCCAGGACUGGUCGGCCGCCAGCCCGCGCUCCGCAGCCUACGUCAUCUGGGACAACGGCCAGAAGAACCUCUACCGGGUCGGCUUCGAGGGCAUGGCCGACCUGAAGGUGGUGAAUGACGCCAAGGGCGGCACCGUGUACCGGGACCACCUACCUCUGCUGGGGGAGCAGGGACCGGGCCGCAGCGCCGGACACGGGUGGAGCAUCGGCGACCAGGUGAACGUGGACCUGGACCUGGACAUCGUGCAGUCGCUGCAGUACGGCCACGGCGGCUGGACGGACGGCAUGUUCGAGUGUCUCGGCACGGCCGGCACCGUGGUCGGCAUCGACGAGGACCACGACAUAGUCGUCUCCUACCCCAGCGGAAACCGCUGGACGUUCAACCCGUGCGCGCUGAACAAGGUGUCGAGCGCCAGCAGCGGCGGCCCGGAGUCGGCCGGCAGCCAGUUCGCCGUCGGCGACCUGGUUCAGAUUCACAGUGACCUGGAGCGCAUCAAGGUGCUGCAGCGCGGCCACGGAGAGUGGGCCGAGGCCAUGCUGCCGACGCUGGGCAACAUCGGCCGUGUGCAGCAGAUCUACCACGACAACGACCUAAAGGUGGAGGUGUGCGGCACCUCGUGGACCUACAACCCGCUGGCCGUCACCAAGGUGGCCUCCGAGGGAUCGGUGGCGUCCUCAUCCAGCGGAGAGCGUCUGACGGCCAUGUUGAAGAAGCUGUUCGACUCUCAAGUGUCCGGCGACGUGAACGAGGAGCUGGUGAAGGCGGCCGCCAACGGCGACAUCCAGAAGUGUGAGGAGAUCCUGAAGCGUCCGGACGCGUCGCGGGACGGCGUGUUCGCCGGGCACACGGCGCUGCACGCGGCCAGCCAGAACGGCCACCAGGAGGUCAUCAAACUGCUGCUCAUGCACAAAGUCGACACCGAAAUCGAGGACAAGGACGGAGACCGGGCGGUGCACCAUGCCGCGCACGGCGACGAGCCGGCCGUCAUGGUGCAGCUGAUUCAGGCCGGUGCCGACCCGAACGCGCGCAACAAGCGCCGCCAGACGGCGCUGCACAUUGCCGUCAACAAGGGCCUCUACAACCUGGUGCAGACGCUGCUCGAGAACGGCUGCCACCCCAGCUUGCAGGACCAGGACGGCGACACGGCGCUGCACGACGCCAUCAGUAAGAAGCGGGACGACAUGGUGUCGCUGCUGCUGGAGCACAGCGCUGACAUCACCCUGGCCAACAACAACGGCUUCAACGCGCUGCACCACGCCGCGCUGCGCGGCAACCCCAGCGCGAUGCGCGUGCUGUUGUCGAAGCUGUCCCGGCCGUGGCUGGUGGACGAAAAGAAGGACGACGGCUACACGGCUCUGCACCUGGCCGCGCUCAACAGCCACGUCGAGGUGGCCGAGCUGCUCGUCAUCCAGGGCAAGGCCAACAUGGACCUGCAGAACGUCAACCUGCAGACGGCCCUGCACCUGGCCGUCGAGCGGCAGCACGUGCAGAUCGUGCGCCUGCUGGUGCGCGAGGGCUGCAACCUGAACGUGCAGGACAAGGACGGCGACACGCCGCUGCACGAGGCGCUGCGCCACCACACGCUCUCCCAGCUGCGGCAGUUGCAGGACAUGCCCGACGUCAGCGUCAGCAAGCUGGUGAUGGGACUGGGCAGCCAGGGCUCCGACAAAAAGUCGUCCGCCUCGAUCGCCUGCUUCCUGGCUGCCAACGGCGCCGACCUCACCAUCAAGAACAAGAAGGGACAGACGCCGCUCGACCUGUGCCCCGACCCCAACCUCAGCAAGGCGCUGGCCAAGUGCUACCGGGAGAAGUCCGUGGAGGCGACUGAGCGCGUCAUGACCUCGUCUCGGUCGAGCGGCGCGGCGAGCGGCGGCGACGCGGCCGGUGACGCGUCCACGGCCGCCGCCGCCGAGGAGUGUAUGGUCUGCUCGGACAACAAGCGCGACGUGCUGUUCCAGCCGUGUGGCCACGUGUGCACGUGCGCCAGCUGCGCCGACCGCGUCAAAAAGUGUCUGAUCUGCCGGCGCGAGGUGCUCAGCCACUCGGAGCUGGAGGACUGCAUCAUCUGCUCGGACAAGCGGGCCUCGGUGAUGUUCCGGCCGUGCCAGCACAUGGUGGCCUGCCACUCCUGCGCCACGCUCAUGAAGAAGUGCGUCAAGUGCCGCGCGCCCGUCGAGGCCCGCGUGCCGCUGGCCGUCUGCUGCGGCCUCGAGGGGCCGGACAGCGGCGGUGACCUGAGCGACUCGGACCUGGGCGCUACGGGCGGCGCUCCGAACAACCCGGCCAGCGCGGCGGCUGCGGCGGCGGCGGCCGCUGCCGCUGCUGCCAACGCGGCCGCCGCGGCAGCAGCCGGGCCCGGCCGGAUGGCCACCAACGCGGCGGGAGCCCAGCGGCCCAUGAACAACCACUCGGACGUCCAGAAGCUGCAGCAGCAGCUGCAGGACAUCAAGGAGCAGACAAUGUGCCCGGUGUGCCUGGACCGGCUGAAGAACAUGAUCUUCCUGUGCGGCCACGGCACGUGUCAGAUGUGCGGCGACCGGAUGCAGGAGUGCCCCAUCUGCCGCAAAACGGUCGAGAAACGCAUCCUGCUCUACUGCUGAGGGUCGCCGCCGGCUCGGUGUUAGGAAGCCGCGUGGGGCGCCCUCUGGCGGACACCGCACUCCACAGGGGGUCGAGACUCGGACUCAGGUGUGCUGUCCGCCCGCGACUGCUGUGUCCGCCCCUGAACCGUGAUUCGUUCCUGAGUCGACCACACGGUUCUCGAUAUUCUCAGAAGUUCGUCGGCUGCUUUCCCGUUUAGAUCAAUCAUUCGUCCUCCGUGCUGUGUACAGAGUUUUACGCCAGCCACCGCGCCGUGCGUGGUGCCCUCUGCGCGCCCAGGCGGGCACUGUCGCGCGGUGCCCUCUGCAUGUUGAGGGUAGCGCAGCUGCUGCAUGGUGGUGCACUCUGUGUGCUCGGGGUAGUACCGUCGCGUCGUACCCUCUGUUCGUCUACGGCUCCCGAUCCCAGCCGUGGCUGCUGGCGCCGCCCGACGCCCCGAACCGGCCGCGCGGAGAGGGCGCUACCGACGACAAUCCGACGAGCUGCAUCGGCGUGUGGAAAGGCUUUCUGAAGUGUGGACGUGUGCUGAUGCGGUUGAUUAAGUAGGUUCGUGUCUGUGAGGAGGGUGAUUGGUUCCACUCUAGCGCCGGUACUGUGGGGAACAGCCGUGCCGCGGUAGGUGAGUCCGGCUGUGGCCGUGCUACGGCCGUGCGCUCGCCGUGGCCGCGUGUGAUGCCGUCCGGAAGGGCCGUUACAUUGGCGAGGCGAGUGGGACGGAUUGUGUCUGGCAGAACCAACUGGAACCGUCAAUUAAGUGCAUGAAUGAGGUCACGUAUUUGCCCAGCGCCCGAUGUUUUAGCGUGGCGCUACUGCUUUAUCUCAGAAUGCAAGCUGCGUAUGUAUAGCUACGAAUAAUCUACACUGUUGGUUGCUUGCGUUAAAUGUGAUGUCGGAUAGGAUGUAAUUGUAUAUUGAAUACCAAUGCAUGAUUAUUAUUUACAUGUGCAUAUACAAAAUGUGAUCUGACCGCACGGUGGCUUAUAGCGUGUGAAGAUGGCUUGUAGGAUCAUUUGGACUGUGCAUGAUAAAUUUGUUUGGGUUCUUGGUACCAUGCCGUUCCAGCAAGGUAAUUGCAAAUAUCGACACCUUUUUUUAAACCCCACAUUUGUUCUCCGGUGAAUUUCAGACAAGUUGGUUAGAGACCUUCAAAAAAGGUACAAUCACUCGAUUUUUCUCAAGUUUGUCUGUCUUGGCAGAUAAAGCAAUACCAGAACAGGCCUACGAACACACAUAUUUGAUCAGGAUCGGACGAUUGGACACUUUUAAAAGGAGAUCUUUCGUGCCUCCCGGAAAUUCACGGGAGAGCAGAUGUGGGGUUUAAAAAAAGGUGUCGAUAUUGUUUGCCCGUAAGAAAUGUCCCGGUCGGCUGGAUCUUGUACCCUUAAUUUUAAGGCUGAGUAACACGUUCGAUAGCAUGCAUCUCAAAUGUUGAACAAUGUGACGUAUUAAAAUUGUCACGUAUGCACGAUACCAAAGGGCAUCCCUUGCGCCCUCUGUAUCGUAGGAAGUUGAUAUAUAGCAUGGUUUUGUCGUGGCGUUGCCUCCUUCCAUUUUGUAACCAUUGUUAAACCAGUGACAGCGUGGAAUGUGUUGAUGGCGAGAGAAAAAAACAAUCUGGCGGGAUGCUGACGCGGCCAUCGGUGUGUCUCCAGUGUCUUCAGACGCUGAGCUGAGCUGCGUUCGCUGAGCUCCGUUUGUAUUUGCAUUUUCUGAUGUUGACUUUAUAAUAAAAACGAAUGUGUUUCAAA